AUGGAUCUCCCCCCUCAGCCCGCCUAUCUGCCGACACCAGGCAGCAUCCUCCGCCCCGACCCUGACCUCUAUGCCCGUAUCGCCAAAGCACCCCGCACCCCGCUAAGCUCGCACAUCAUCCCUCCACGAUCAGGCUUUGCCUGGAACGCUCCCGCUGGCUCCAUAAUCCGCCUGAGUACGCCCGAAGGCCCACAAGUCGGCGAUCUCAACAUCUGGUCCGCAUCAAAUCCGCAAGAGCGCUUCUGGGCGUCUCGAACGCGCCAGCUGCAUGCAACGCAUGUGAGCACUGGUGAUCGGCUCUGGAGCUGUCUUCCCUAUUUGAGACCACUUUGCACUAUCGUGGACGAUACCCUCGGGAGGGAGGGGAAGGGAAGGUGGGGAGAUGGGAAGGGGAGAAGCCAGUGGGGUGGAAGGUGCCAUGAUCUCCUUGGGACACGGUGUGAUCCGUACGUCAACAAGAUGCUCACCGGUCGCACAUAUAAUCAUCACUGUCACUCAAACCUCACACGCGCGAUCCAGCCUUUCGGCCUACAAGAGUCGGAUGUGCAUGACGUGCUGAACGUCUUCCAGGUGACGUCGCUCGACACCGAAGGUCGCUACUGCAUGGAGAGUUGUCCAUCUACACCCGAUGACUACAUCGAGUUCUUCGCCGAGACGGACUUGCUGUGCGCAUUGAGCACUUGUCCGGGUGGCGAUCUUAGCCGCUGGGGGUGGAUCGGCGCAAAGGACGGCGAAGAGGUGACGGAGGAGGAUGUCAUGAAGGAGACAUGUCGUCCUAUCAAUGUCGAGGUGUAUUCGGUCGACAAGGCAGCUCUGGAAGGCUGGGAGGAGUCAAAGGUUAGCGACUACGCCGGGAAGCAUGGCCUGUAA